CUUUGAGGGCAUUGAUCAUGUCAGCUUGGCCACAAUAGACCGAGUUCUCCGGCGCCAAAAGAUGCGGAUGAAACAAGUUUAUAGGGUUCCCUUUGAGCGAAACUCUGCACGACACAAAGACCUACGUUACGAGUAUGUGCAAAGGAAAUUACAGUUGGACGCGAUGGCCAGACCUCAUGAGUACCUCUUCCUGGAUGAGGCUGGCUUCAACCUGCACAAACGAAGGCAAAGAGGCCGUAACAUCAUUGGCCAAAGAGCCAUCACAAAGGUUCCUGGCCAACGGGGGGGUAAUAUUACUCUUUGUGCGGCUAUGGGUUUGGAGGGGCUUGUCCACCGGCAGGCUGUCCUUGGGUCUUACAACACCCAACGUCUCCUAACCUUCCUAGAGGAGCUAAAAGAUAUCCUCCUGGACCGCCAACAACACCCUCCUGGGCCCGAACAUCCCAUUUAUGUGAUCAUUUGGGACAAUGUACGCUUCCACACAACAAACCAAAUCAGUGAGUGGUUCACCACCAACAGUAACCACUUUUUAAAUGUCUGUCUGCAACACUACUCCCCUUUCCUGAACCCUAUAGAGGAGUUCUUCUCAUCGUGGAGAUGGAAGGUUUAUGACAGACAACCAUAUACUAGAGAAAACCUCCUAAGGGCAAUGGAGCUGGCGUGUGUUGACAUCCCAGUGGAGAACUUCCAAGGAUGGAUCCGCCAUUCCAGGGCGUUUUUCCCACGGUGCCUGGCAAGAGACAAUAUAGCCUGUGAUGCACAGUGAUUGUGGUGUAAAUACUGUAAAAUGAAUAAAAAAAAACUUCACACCCUGAUCAUGUUUUCAAGAGUACUGUUAUGUGCAAUAGAUUCUGCUUUUGCAGUGAGUUGUGUUACAGUAGUGUACAGAAAUUACUAUAGAUUUAUACCCUUCAUAUGAAACUCAGAAAUCUAAAUGCCCAAUCCUCUGCAGAACUCUAAGAAGAUGCAGAAUUGUAAAGUUUCUAAAAAUAUGCAUUGGCAGUAAAGAAACAAAGAACCUUCUCAUAAAUUGAGCAUUGUGUUUUCAAUUGUU